AUAGUCAUUUUUAAUAGUCAUAAAAUAUCAACCCAAUAGGUAUUUGAAAGAUAAAGCAGUAAGCAGAACGACCACGACGUGCCACUAAAAGGAGAUGUCGAAUUACUACGUUCAAGGUUGGAUUGUUGUAAUAAUUAAAAAUAUUAGGUAUAUACGAAUUGUGAGUUGUAUAUGUAUAGUGCAUUUUUGACGUGAAAAAUGAAUCCAGAGAAAAGAAAGGCGUUAAUGCUAUCGCAUUUCGGAAAAACCAAUAAGGACUUGGAAGAAGAUGUUAAGUUGAUUAAAGAGUGGUUGAAGACUCAACCUCAUCUACCGGAAAUUCCGAGUGAUCACAUCAUUGCUUCUUUUAUAUGCAUGAAUAAAUUUAGUUUGGAGAGAACGAAGCAGGGAAUAGAUCUUUACUACACAACUAGAUCAACUCUGCCAUGUAUAUACCAAUUUGCAAAUCCAAAAACUGAAUUUAUGAAAAUAGCUGAAGAAUCAAGCUAUUUAUUAGUGUUCCCGAAAAUGGUAGACGAUAGAUAUCUAGUAACAUUUAUGAAACUAAAAGAUUGUAUUCCCAAUUACUUUGAUCCAUAUGGAUGGGCUGCUCAAGGCAUAAAUAUCAUUGACGUCAUACUUAGAGAAGACGAUAAUUUAGUUUUGGGCCUCAUUAUAGUGGUCGACAAUCAAAAUUUCAAAAUGGAGCAUGUGUUGAGAUUAACUCCAACAGUUGUAAGAGACACUUUAGUAAUUAUAGAGAAACUACUCAACAGCAGAAUAAAGGAGAUUCACUUUCUUAACUGCCCGUCAUAUGUAGACUUGUUAUUAAAAGUAUGUAAACAAUUCCUUAAACCAAAGUUAUAUGAAAGGAUCCGGAUACACAAAUCUACGGACACAUUGUUGGACUAUAUUCCGGCUGAAGUAUUACCCAGCGAUUAUGGUGGUAAAGAAAAAUCUGUUGAGGAGCUACAGAAAGAUUGGAAAGCAAAGCUAGCAGAAUACCAAGAAGUGUUUGACCAACGGGAUGGACUAAAAGUGAACGAAAGUCUUCGUCCCACUCCAUUGGAGAAUGCAGAAGCUUAUGGAGUUCAAGGAACAUUUAAAAACCUGUCCGUUGAUUAAUAUCCUGUUAAUUUGAAAAUAAACUGUGAUUAAACAUUA